AUGAGGAGCGACGUGGCACGUCUCAGGUGUGGGAAGACGAUUCCUUUGCUUGGAAUGGGAACUUAUUGUCCUAAAAAGGACCGAGAGAGCACCAUCUCAGCCGUCCAUCAAGCCAUCAAGAUAGGAUAUAGACAUUUUGACACAGCAAAGAUAUAUGGAUCAGAAGAAGCUUUAGGAACUGCAUUGGGUCAAGCUAUCUCCUAUGGAACUGUACAAAGAGAAGACAUCUUUGUCACUUCAAAGUUAUGGUCUAGCGAUCACCAUGACCCUAUCGCUGCCCUCACACAAACUCUCAAGACAAUGGGGUUAGAGUAUCUAGAUAAUUACUUGGUGCAUUGGCCAAUAAAGCUUAAACCCGGAGUGAGUGAACCUAUCCCAAAGGAAGAAGAGUUUGAGAAAGAUUUGGGGAUUGAAGAAACAUGGCAAGGUAUGGAGAGAUGCUUGGAGAUGGGUUUGUGUAAAUCCAUUGGUGUUAGCAACUUCUCUUCUAAAAAGAUCGAUGAUCUCCUCGAUUUCGCUUCUGUUUCUCCUUCAGUUAACCAGGUGGAGAUGCAUCCAUUGUGGAGACAAAACAAGCUGAGGAAAGUGUGUGAAGAGAAUAAGAUCCAUGUAAGUGGAUAUUCACCACUUGGUGCGCCAGGGAAUUGUUGGGGUUCAACAGCUGUGAUUGAACAUCCUGUCAUCAAAUCCAUUGCCCUCAAGCAUAAUGCCACCCCAGCUCAGGUGGCUCUAAGGUGGGGAAUGUCAAAAGGGGCAAGUGUGAUAGUGAAGAGUUUCAAUGGAGCAAGAAUGAGAGAAAAUAAGAGAGCCUUAGAGGUUAAUUUAGAUGAUCAAGACUUGUCACUCAUUGACCAAUUAGAGGAGUGGAAGCUCAUGAGAGGAGAUUUCCUUGUUAAUCAAACCACAAGCCCUUACAAAUCUAUAGAACAACUUUGGGAUAAUGAGAUAUAA